GGCAGUGAUUGGUAGGUGUGUGCGCAGGCGCAGUCGGAGGACUCUGUCAUGGCGGGUAAGAACGUGGUGUUCGUGACCGGCAACGCCAAGAAGCUGGAGGAGGUCAUUCAAAUUCUAGGGGAUAAGUUUCCAUACAGUAUGGUUGCAAAAAAAAUUGACUUACCAGAAUAUCAAGGAGAACCAGAUGAAAUUUCCAUUCAGAAAUGCAGGGAAGCUGCAAAACAGAUCCAGGGACCUGUUAUAGUAGAAGACACUUGCUUGUGUUUCAAUGCCUUGGGGGGACUCCCAGGACCAUACAUAAAAUGGUUUCUAGAAAAGUUAAAACCAGAAGGACUGUACAAGCUGCUGGCGGGGUUUGAGGACAAGUCUGCCUAUGCUGUUUGCACCUUUGCGUUUAGUUCUGGAAACCUGGAGGACCCAGUGAAGCUGUUCAAAGGCAAAACUUACGGUCACAUAGUUGAACCCAGAGGCCCCAGAGACUUUGGCUGGGAUCCAUGCUUCCAACCUGAUGGUUAUGAAAAGACGUAUGCAGAAUUGCCUAAAGCAGUGAAGAAUUCCAUCUCUCAUCGCUAUAGAGCACUAAACGAACUCUCCAAUUACUUCAUCCAGCAGAGUAACUCAACAGAUGCCACCUCCAGUCCCAGUUAGCUUUUUCUUUGGAGCCCAUACUUCAUACAGAAAGCUCUGUGUAAAAUGUAAUGUCCAUUUGUGGUUGUUUGUACAGUGUGUACAUUAAAGCUGUUCAUUUUAAAGCCAUGAA